AAUUGGAAAAAGAUGGUUUGUUUUAAGGUCAACUAAAUUGGCAUAUUAUAAAAGUGAAAAGGUCACUCCUAAACGUACAUAUUAUGUUCAAGCAGAAAGUAAAAAAAUGCUUGAAAGAAAGAUAAAAAAUAUAAAAAUUCAAAUACCUUCUUCACAAUCACCAGUUUUAGAUAAACCAUUUGCUCUAUCUCCUGUAAUAAAUAUUACUUCUGAAGAAGAAAAUGAUAUGAUGGAUGCAACUAAUGAUGAAAAUGAUGAAAUUAACGAAGGUGAGGAGUCCCGAAUAAUUCAUCAAGGAUAUGUUUAUAAAUUAGAUAGAUACAAGAAACCCUUUUCCGUGGACGCUCCCGUGUUUUACGACUCCUUUAUUGAUAGCGUGAAAUGUCAUGCGACUGUUAAUAUUGAGGGCUAUAAUUAUUUUAUUUUCCCAAGAAUAACAAGUGCAUUAAUUAUUGCACCAUCUUCUGAUACCUCAGAUUCAGUAACAGAAUUUAUCAUUCAUUCAGAUUUAGGACAAGGAUAUGAAAUUGAACCUGAGGAGGAAACAAAAAACUUAGAAGCGCGAGAAACAUUACAACAUGAGAAAUUAAUAAAAUCAGGCUAUCUUGCUAAAAAAAAACAAGAGAGAAGAAAGUCUGGGGAAAAAAUUGGAAAAAGAUGGUUUGUUUUAAGGUCAACUAAAUUGGCAUAUUAUAAAAGUGAAAAGGUCACUCCUAAACGUACAUAUUAUGUUCAAGCAGAAAGUAAAAAAAUGCUUGAAGCAAUAAAUAAGGUUAAAAAAGAAGUACAAGAAGAAGAAAAUGAUAUGAUGGAUGCAACUAAUGAUGAAAAUGAUGAAAUUAACGAAGGUGAGGAGUCCCGAAUAAUUCAUCAAGGAUAUGUUUAUAAAUUAGAUAGAUACAAGUAUAAAUCUGAAAUAGAACCAAUUUCUAAACCAAAAUUACAUUGUUUCAAAGUUAUUACACCUGGAAGAACUUAUAUAUGUUGUGCUCCGAAUGAUGAAACACAAGUUGCACGGUUAGCAGCUAUACAAGUUGCUUUAAGUAAAAUAAAAGAAAAAAACAAAGAUACAACAACUGGACAGAAUACAAUUAAAAAAAAAUUCCAUUAA